AUGAUUGUGUCUAACGUGAGCAUCAGCAGUUGCACAAGGUCUGAAGGCGCUUGGUGUGCCACCGGCAGCGAUGGGCACCUGGAUGCGUCCUCUCAUAGUACGCUGAGCCCGACAGGGCACCUGGUCGUGGCGGUGUUUCUUGGAUUCAUCGGCACCUUUGGUUUCCUCAACAACCUGCUUGUUCUCGUGCUCUUUUGCCGCUACAAAAAGCUUCGGUCGCCCAUAAACCUGCUGUUGAUGAAUAUUUCCUUCAGUGAUCUGCUGGUCUGUGUUCUUGGAACUCCGUUCAGCUUUGCUGCCAGCACGCAGGGACGGUGGCUCAUCGGACCGAUCGGAUGUGUGUGGUAUGGCUUCGCUAAUACAUUAUUCGGUGUGGUGUCUCUUAUCACGUUGGCUGUGCUGUCCUACGAGCGUUACUGCACCAUGAUGGCCUCCACAGAGGCCGACGCCACCAACUAUCGCAAGAGUGGCUUGGGCAUCGGGCUGUCCUGGGCCUACUCACUGCUGUGGGCGGUGCCGCCCCUCUUCGGCUGGAGCAGAUACGGGCCGGAGGGCCCCGGGACCACCUGCUCCGUGAACUGGACCGGCAAGAGCGCCAACAACGUCUCCUACAUCAUCUGCCUCUUUUUCUUCUGCCUCAUCCUCCCAUUCGUCGUCAUCGUCUACAGCUAUAGUAAGCUGCUGCACGUCAUUAAACAGGUGAGCAGAGUCAACAACUCUGUGACUCGUAAACGUGAACAGCGGGUGCUCUUCAUGGUAAUCACCAUGGUGAUCUGCUACCUGCUGUGCUGGCUGCCCUACGGCGUCAUGGCUCUUCUGGCCACUUUUGGCCGCCCAGGUCUGGUCACGCCCGAGGCCAGCAUUAUCCCCUCCAUCUUGGCGAAAACCAGCACCGUCAUCAACCCCAUCAUCUACAUCUUCAUGAACAAGCAGUUUUACAGAUGUUUCCUGGCUCUUCUGAUGUGCCAGACACCCCAGAGAGGCUCCAGCUUCAAGAGCUCAUCCAAAAUCAACAAGCCCUUCCGAACCGUGCGCCAUACCAACGACAACAACUUCACUUUCGUGGUGGCCUCCGCUGGACACCCCACCACCGGCGCCCCCAACCCCUCCAGCAGUGGGGAACACAGGGCCCCCUCGGAUAUCCCAAAACCCGCUGUCGUUUCUCUGGUGGCUCACUACGACUGCUGAAACUCCACAGUCAGGGAACAAGCCACGACAAACUGAAGACAUUCAGUGCCCUGAAACUAAAGACAGCAGGGGCGCUCUGGUGUCUUUUCAACCCACCCAAUCAUAAGACAGUGCUAUCGCCAAUAGGCUGAAAUAUUUACUAAUGAGGUGACAACUAGAGCUUGUAAGAAAGAUAUAUUUAGAGAUAUGAAAUUCUGAAAUGACUCUCCCUAAACGUUGGUACGGUUGGUAAACUUUUUCUGUAAUUUCAUAUCGCCCUCCACAGAAUUUAACUAGUGCUCUCAGGGUUCUAGUGGGGCAUUUCUAAUGGAGACAACAUAUUUACUUCAAAGUAUGUUCACAACUGUUGUAUCUUUGACAUUUUUAUAUUUAGUCAGAAGUGUUUUCUUUUUCAGAAAUUUACCGGCAAAGAUAAAAAAAUAUAUACUGUA